AUGGAUCCUCGUUCGUUUUACUAUCAUCACUCCACCCACCAUGCCGCUUCUCACCCUCCGCCGCCUGCGCAUCCUCCUCCGCCUCCUCACCACAUUCCCGCCAACCCUAGUUUCUACAACCUCCCACCUCCGCCGUCGUAUCCUCCUCCUGUCUCCCAACCUCAGUUCAAUCCCCAGAAUCCCCAAUUCCCUAUCCACGCCAGCAACGUCGUCAACCCUAAUCACACCGUUCACGACGAUUACUAUUCGAGAUCGUACCCUCAGCAUCCCAGCUUCCCUCAGCCCCCUCGGGCCUUGCAUCCGGGGUCCCGUCACAGCGAUAUUCCUCCUCGCCGAUUGCCGGAGUUCAACCAUUAUGGUCGAGAUAGCCGUCCAGAUUUCAGAGAUUCGCCUAGGGUUUUGUCUGAUAGUCGAGGAAGAUCAGAUUUCGUGCAGGAUAGAUACGGUAGGGAGGUAAAUAUGGAUCAUGACUCCCCUGUUAGGGUUAGGCGUGAGCUGGAUGGCAAGUCUAGAUUUUCGGGAGAUGUGAACGGUAGGACUGAGCAGAGUUUGAGAGGGGAAGGUUUCCUGGGCCGUGAUGAUCCUGGAUAUCAUCAUAGUCGUGAUCAACACCGGUCUUCCAGGGAUUACAUGGUUGCCUUACAUCAUCAUAAUUCAGAUUCCAGAGGUUUUGACUCGGAGUCAAUGAACUACGAGAGACGGUUUGGUUUGAUUUCUGAUCAUGGCAGAGCGAGUGAAAACAACAGGGUGAUACAUGAUAGAGAAGUUAGGAGAGAUGUUCCCCACUCCAUGGUUGUGAUGGGGAACGAGGAGUUCACUCAUGGCGAUCAUCUUCGAACAAGCUCAGGGAAACGUGAGCACUACAUCAGCAGAGAAGAAAGUACGGGCUCGGAUUGGCAUAAUGGCAAGGUUAAUAGAGAGGAGAGCAAAGGGUGCAGGGAAAGUAGUUACGAGUUUGAUCAUACACCAAAGAAGCAGACACCAAAGAAAAGUGCUUUUCUUAGGAUUCAGAAGCCUAUGUUCAAGAAUAAGGAGAAUCACAAGACACAUUCCUCUGGUUACUAUGGUGAUAACAAAUCUGGUGCUAGGGGUAAAGACCAUAGUUUGAACAGAUCCUGUUCAAAGCCAAGCGAGGGUGGUAUUAAAUUGAACUCUGUAAUUGUGAAAAAUGCAGCAAGUCCUUGCAAGGACCUUGAACUUUCCAAAGAGAAUGUGGGAGCUUCUUCUACUGCUAAGACUAACACUAGUUCUGUGCCUGGUUCCUGUGGGAAUGGUGUGGCAUCUGGAGAGGCUAUGUUGGAGGGUUCGGGAAAGGACAACCCAUCAGAUGAAGGAAGAAGUUCUGUUAUUUCAUCCAGUGCUUCUUUGGAGACGGCCGCAAAGAAGAGAAAAGUAGUAAGGCAACUGGUCAAGAAGAAUGUACAGGUUAACGUUGGUUUGUCAAGUUCACAGCCAGCGAAGUUUCCUGAUGACAGCAGUGCUUUCCAGAUCUGUCCAAAAGAUUUACCUGUGAUGCCUGAGAAUGGCAAACUUGAGACAUUGGAGAAGGCUGCGGUAUCUGAUGAACCAAACUCCAAUGGUAGUUUAUUACAUGACGCUUCCAUUGAAAUUGGUGAUUCACAGCUCUGUCCAAAUGAUUUACUUUUGAGGUGUGAGAAUGACAAGCUUGAGACAUUUGAGAAGGUUGUGGUAUCUCAUAAAUCAGACUCCGUCAAGAAUGUUCUCAACGAUGCUUCAGUUGAGGUUGGUGAUUCACAGCACUACCUGAAUGAUUUACCUGUCAUGCUUGAUGCAUCAGAGAAGGGAAUGGUGUCUGAUAAAUCAAUCUUUGAUAGCAAUCUUGUACAUGAUGCUCCAGGUGAAAUAGGUGAUUCACUGCUCUGUGCGAAAGGUCUACCUCUGAUGCCCAGGAACAGAAAGCCUGAGGCAUCAGAGAAGGAUAUGAUCUCUGAGAAACCAAAUUCAGAUGAGAAUUUUGUACAUGAUGCUUCAGUUGAGAUUGGUGAUUCACCAUUCCGGCUGAAUGAUGUACCUGUGAUUCCUGAGAGCGAGAAACUUGGGUCAUUAGAGAAGGAUAGCGUAUCUGGUAAACCAAUUCUCGAUGAGAAUUAUAUGAAUACCGCCUCAGUUGAAAUUAGUGAUUCAAUGCACUGGCCAGAUGAUUCACAUGUGAUUUGUGCGUCUGACAACCAGAUAUUUCAGAAGGCUAUGCUAUCAGAUAAAACAAACUCUGAUGUGAGUUUUGUUCAUGAUGCUCCGGUCCAUGACUUGCAUGUCACUAUUAGCAGAGUGGAUGGUAAUCUGUCGACUGACUCAAAUGCUGAUGUCCCUAGCACAAGUGAGCGAUUGUCCUUUUCGGAUCGAAAGGGCGGAACACUUUCACAGGGUUUUCUUUCUGAAGAACAACAUGCAAAUUUUAAUUCAGAGAAAAAUAAAGUUCUCGAGGAUCCUAUAAAUUCAUGUAACAAGGACACAGGGAUUGAAAGUUAUCCAAUAUGCCUGCAAGAAGGUGGUUUUCGUUCUGCUAUCUCCGUCGUCAACUCUCCAGACAAGCAGGAUUUUACAGAGCUUCCAAACGCAUCUCGAGAGAAUGGUCAGAAUCAACGUUCAAGUGCUGGUAUUGGUCUUGCCGGGCAGUGCAAUGAGAUUUUCUGUCAUCCGAAGUCAGACAAUGUGGGUAUUGCGGGUGUUACUGCCACUGCAGCGUGCUAUGGUCAUGGCAUGAGGGCUGUCUUAGGUUCUGAUAACAGCUCUUCCAGCCAUGAGGUUAGAUACGAUGUUGUCAGGCAAUCUUCUCCAGAUGAAGCUACCAAGUCAGUUGAAAAUUCAACGCUGAGGUGCGUAAAUGAUAGAAGCUGUGUAAAUUCAAGUUGUAAUACACCUAAGGGAGACAGCGGCAGCAAAAAUGGUGAAUUGAAUGCUUUUGGCUUUUCCAGAUCACGAGUUGAAGACAUGGAUCUUGCAAAUGAACACAAUUCAGCAGCAUGGGUUGAUACCACUUUGAGGCUAUCUUUCAAAGAUGCUACCACAGAUCUUAAGGAUAGUAGUGAUGUUGGUUUACAUCCUGCGAUUGAUGGAACUGAUGUUGGAAAGUCAGGUAGUUUGACAGCUGCUUUGGGAGCUAAGGUCUUGAGUAGCAGCCCCAUCAUUGUUGAAUUGGACGCGACUUCAUUACGGUGUAAAAAGAAGAGAAGAAUCUCAGCUGCUGAACUAGAUCUAUCUUUUGCAUUUGCAUCACAAGUUAAUGAAAGAGCUAACAGUGCAAGUGUUAUUACUGCUGGUGCUGAAGUGAUCUCAGAUUCUUGCAGUGAUCCAACCUCAUUCGUGGAACCUUUGUGUACCUUAGAUUUGUCAGGUUCACGUAAGGGAUUUGAUGAAGGAGAUAUGAGCAUGGAAGCAUCUGCAUCAAUAGUUAAUGAAGGAGCUACAAGUGCAAAUCUGCCUACUCAUGAUGUUGAAGUCUUCUCCCAUUCUUGCAAUGAUGAAAGCAAAGAAGGUUCCGCGCCCUCUGUGGAUCCGUUAUGUGCCUUAGAUUGGUCAGGUUCACAUAAGCAGCAUAAUGAAGGAGAUAUGAGCACGGCAGUUUCUGCAUCGGCAGUGGAAAUGACCUCCAGUUCUGAAAGUAGUCCUACUCACUCGGGUGUGGAUGUUGCCAUCUCAAGCAUUACAGAUCCAUGUACAUCAGAUUUGCAAUUUGCAAAGAAAGGAAAUUCUAUGUUGGUCGACAACCAUCCAAGGGGAGGUUGUUUUAACACCAAGGCCUCUAUUGACCGGGUUCAUCACGAGGAUAAAAUAGAUAUGCCUAGAUAUGUGCUUCCAAUAGUUCAAAACCUCUUCUCCAGUUCCAAAAGCAGAAAGACUGCAGAUGCAACUAUAGUUAUGAAUGACAGAAUAUUUCCAGAAUCCAUGGAUUUUGAAAUUGGUAAUGAACAUGGUAUAGAACCAGAGGCUGUUGAAGGCCAAGUAGUUACUAACAGUAUGAGUACUCACCCUCAGUGUCGUCUUCCUUCACAACUCGAGUCUCUGAUGUCAAAUGAGGCAUUAACUGCUGUCAAUAUGGAGACUGACAGUUCUUAUCUUGAGAAGAACAACCCUCCAUCUGUGUCAAAUCAUCAUUCUUUGUCUGUGGACCUCAAUGAUCAUAUCACAGAGAUUUUGCCUGACGCAGACAAGGUUGUUAUCAAUAAUGGGAGUGCUCCGGACCAUCAUGCUUCAGAUUUUCACUCUCCAGUAGCAAAUGAAACAUUGGAUGUUGUAGGUACGGAGACUGGCAGUUCCUGUCUAGAGAAGGUCAAUCUCCCAUCUGGAUCAAAUCGUCUUGCUUUGUCUAAGGAGCUCAAUCAUCAAAUCAUGGAGAUUUCGCCUGUUGCAAUCGCUGAAAUUAGUUAUCCAGAGAAGUUGACUGGUGGCACUGAGACUUCCAUAUAUCAGAAUUUAACAGGGAAAUCUUCUGGAAGUGAUGGAAUUCCAUCUGAGAAGCCUGCAACCGAAGGAAGGUACAGACAUAACAUUUGUCUCCAGAAUAGGAGAAAUGUGGUGUGCUCUGAUCAAGCUGUUGGAGGUGGCAUCUCAUUCUUGGCACGGCCUCCAAAUCUUAUGCCAAAAGCUUCACACGAUAUUAUUCACAAGCAGAGUGGCAUAAGUGAACUAUCUUGUGGAAAGAAGCAUCAGUCUAGUAGUGUGAUUAGUAGGACCCAAUCACACAGCUCGUCUUUUGUUUUAACUGCUUUGAGAAGUGCAUCCCUUUCAACACAUAUCUCAAAACCUCGAACAUGGCAUCGAAGUGACAGUUCCACAGUUUCUACUCUCCCAGGACAGGAGGCUUCCUCAAGUAUCAUUACAAAACAAAGGCAACAUCCUAAAAGUACUGCAGGGGCUCAGACUACAUCUUAUAUCCGGAAAGGGAACAGUCUUGUUAGGAAACCUUCUCCAGUUGCUGCUCGAUCAGAGGGUUCGUCUGCUUCAGAUGCAGUCAAUUAUAAAACAGUAUCUGAUAGUAGAGUUGAUGUUGUUGGUGCAUCAGUUUUUGUCAGGGCUGUAGAGACAAAUAGCUCGAUUGAGAGACCCAGAACACCUUUGCCAAUUGUACCUAAGGUGGCACACCAUGGUCCCAAGACUUCGGUUGACCGUAGAUCGUCUCCUGUCGUUGAGAGCCAUCUCGGUGAUUCCGUUAGAUCCAAGUCCGAUCCAUUAGUAGUUGUUGAGACUAAGGAUACUUCAAAAUCUUCAGAAAGCAUGUUGAGAACUUCAGAAGCUCCAGCGAUACAGACUGGUCAAGUUAAGAAUUUAGAAAUUUCAAAUGAGGUAAAUGAAGGCAGAGUAGGAUCUUCCAAUGUGAACAUAACUUAUGUUAAGAGGAAAUCAAACCAGCUGGUUGCCACCUCGAGUCUCUCCACUGUGUUGCCACAUGGUCCUUGUGAUAGCCAAGCUCUGUCCUCUGAAAGCUAUUACAAAAGAAGAAGAAAUCAGCUGGUUAGGACUACAUUGGAUGAUGGCCUAAAACCGGGAUGUAGAAGUUCUGAUGAUAGGAACUUUGAAGGGAACUCUGCACUGGGUAUGAAAUCGAGCGGAAGUCUUAGCAAGAGACAGUUGCGCAAAGUUGUGACAAAGAUAAAGAAACCAUCUAAGUAUUCUUUCGUCUGGACGCUAAAUGGUACAAAGUCAUCAAAGGAUAAAUGUCAUGCAUUGCACUAUCAGAGAAUCCUACCUAACUUGUUUCCUUGGAAAAGAGCAACCUACCGGAGAAACUUCUUGCCAAGUUCAUUAUCCAGUUCCAAGAUUUCUUCUAUAAUUAGUAAGAAAUUGCUGCUCUCAAGAAGCCAUGAUGCCAUUUACACGAGGUCAAAACAUGGGUUUUCACUCCGAAAAUCCAAGGUCUUAAGUGUUGGUGGUUCUAGCUUGAAGUGGUCAAAAUCCAUUCAAAGCCGUUCCAAGAAAGCUAACGAGGAAGCUACUCUGGAAGUUGCUGCGGCGGACAAGAAAAAAAGAGAACAAAAUGGAGUUGGGGAUCUUGUUCCCGAGACCAAGAAUAGAAAUAAUUCUCCUAAUGAACUAUCUGCGUAUUCUUGUGCACCACAAACGGAGAAGGAGGCCAAGAAACCAUAUGUCCCAAGACGAUUUACGAUAGGAAAAGAUGAAUACGUCCGGAUUGGCAGUGGAAAUAAACUCAUUAGAAACCCCAAGAAGCGAAGUCGCAUCUUGGCGAGUGAGAAAGUUAGAUGGAGUUUGCACACUGCAAGGACAAGGCUUGCUAAGAAGCGGAAGUACUGUCAGUUCUUCACAAGAUUUGGCAAGUGCAACAAAGAUGAUGAUGGUAAAUGUCCAUACAUUCAUGAUCCCUCCAAAAUUGCAGUGUGCACGAAGUUUCUCAAUGGCUUAUGUUCCAAUGCUGACUGCAAAUUGACUCACAAGGUCAUUCCGGAAAGGAUGCCCGAUUGCUCUUACUUUUUGCAAGGUCUUUGCACAAACAAAAGUUGCCCAUACAGACAUGUGAAUGUCAGCCGAAGUGCCUCUACGUGUGAAGGAUUUCUUAAAGGAUAUUGUGCUGACGGAAAUGAGUGUCAGAAGAAGCAUAGCUACGUCUGCCCAAGUUACGAAGCAACAGGAACUUGUCCCCAGGGAUCCAAAUGUAAGCUUCACCAUCGAAAGAACCGUGUCAAAGGAAAGAAACCCUACAAGCGAUUACGGGAGAAGAACCAGCAUGGACAUGGGCGAUACUUUAGUUCAACUGCACGUGUCAGUGCUGCUUCCCGUUCUGGAACUUCUGUUGUCGAGAGGCCGUUGAGCGAAAUUGGAGAUGCAGGUGCCGACUUUAUUAGCCUUGGCUUCAGUGAUGAUGAGGAAGCUGCUGGAGAAGAAUGCAGCAACAACCGAAGAGAUGACGAUGAUAUCGAUGAGCAACUGAACUGGAGUGAUGAUGGGGAGGACCUGGAAGACUUGGAAGUAAGUAAUCUGGACGAGCUAAUUAAGCCAGUCCGGAUAUUGAACAUCAGAUGA